CAUUGAUGAAGACGGAAGGAAAGAUGAGACCCAAUGAAGAACAGAUCAAGGGUUAUUUUCCUUCUCAAAUGUCCUAGCUCUUUUUACACCACGAACAAAGCUUCUUUCACACGACUAACACGACGAUUACUGGUAUUUGAUGUUACGCGAUUCUAGACUGCGAUGGGGUUCGCGGCUCUGCGUACAAGCCCAACACCUCCCCUUGGGCUUCACUGCUUAUCCCUAAUGGGUAAUGAUGAUUCUGAGUACAUAGUAUAACUUGUUUUUUAUCUUUGUUUUUGCGGCAUUGGGACACGACCACGGUCGGUUCCGGGAAAUGGGAUAGCUUGGCUUAACUGGUAUGGCCUGGGCCUGGGCUUGGACUUGGCUUUAUUGCGAGGGAUUGUUUCUUUUUCUUCUUCUUUCCCCUUGGCCUUUUAUCUGUCUUUAUUGUUUCUUUAUUUUUUCUUUUAUUCUUUUGCUCUUGCGUGCUUUCACUUCUUUACCGGACUAUGGGUUGGAUGCAUGGAGUCUGGAUUCACAAACAGGCGCAUACGCGCGUGUGUACCUAGGGAACUGGUAUUAAAGGGUUUUGUGAGAGACUUGGCUGGCUCCUAUUUGAAUUGUUCUUUUCCUUGUUGGGGUCUCUUUUCUUGUUGUUUUUUUCUUUAACGGAUUGGGAACGGAUUCGCUUUUGGGAUUAUUCCCUGUCGGAUAUGGCUUUGGGUGUUUAACUCUCUUUGUUUGCGUUACUGGCUCUCUUGUACUUUUUUCAGCUUUUUUUCCAAAAAGAAGGCGAUUGACUUUUUUUG